AUUUUGCGGAAGCAGUCUGCUAUACUAACCCAACGCUGUCGACCGUCUGUCUCAACCCUCUUAGGGCCAUGAGCAUACCCUGCGCAUAAAUCCCUCCUCCUAGUCCUCUCUCGCACCACGGGCAACGACCUCCUCUUCGUGAACUUUUGAACAGAUUGAGCAGGUUCUAAAAGCAAGCAAGCAAGCCAAAAUGGCAGCCUCCAGUGAUGCAAAGGGGUUCAAGCAGGAUAUGGUCGUUUCGAUUCGAUAUCGAAACGACUUGCCUCCUCCACCCAUGGCCCCAAAACUCCUUGACAUCGACACUGGGGGAUUGGCCCAAUAUCUCACAACAGGCUACGCUUCGGCGCUGGCCAAACGCGAAGAACCCAAUAUCGAAGUGGACGCAGAAGGUGGAAUGCCUAUAGACAUGGUCGGAGUACCAGGCUACUUUCUCGGAGACGAAAGCGCAAUCAUGGCUCCAGAGAUCCAAGCUGUGCUCGAUCCCGCCGACCACGCCCUCAUGCUCUCAAUCGACCAGCUCAAGAGUCAAGGUGCAAAGAACAAUGUUUCCUUCCUGCGGAAAACACAGUACAUGACCGCUUCACAAAUGGCACGAGCAAAUGACCCUCUAAUGCGCAUAAAUCCUCGCGCGCGAAAAGUAUCCGAGAACAAAACUGCUCCUUUACCCGUUGCUCGCGACGACAAAGAGAACAUCAAAAGACACAUCCAGAAGGGUUUCGACAUCGCGUAUCCAGAAAGCAUACCCUACAACCCACCCGAAGCCAAAUCCAACCCCAUCACACCUCAAGAUCGAGACACUUGGAAUAACCCUGUCCACCCUGACAAUCCCAGACUCAAACCAAUCGAAUUUUACCCCAUCCUCCCCGACCUCGACGCGACCACCGACCUCUCAAGCAACUGGCAGGCCCUCAAGUUCGAGAAACCACCCUUACCACCCAUUCGCGGACGCCGCGACGACCGCAUCGACGUAGGCCUGCUCAUGGCCGCCGAAAACACGGCCGAGACCUCUAAAUGGCGUGCUAAGAAAAAGGCAUUCGAAGAACAUCCAGAGCUGUACGAAGACCCCGGGCCAGAGCCUUAUAUGUGGUCCCUCAACAUACCGAAACAAAUCGAUUCCACGGCCCGCAUGCGCAAGAUCUUGGACGACAGCAACCCUUCCAAGGACGAUCCCGCGCUGUACGCGCCCCUGCUCGAGGAAUCCGCCGACGGUUCGCAGCGUCUACCCUUCGAACGGGUCCGUGUGUACACUUCUGCGACGCAGAACCCCGUCGACCCUCGGCGGAUCAUGGCACUCUCGCUAGUCAAGGCGGAAAAGUUGGCGAGUGGGUCGCGGCUACGCAAGCAAGGCUCCGCGGCGUAUUAUUACCCCAUUCUUGACCGCGUACGCAUGAAAGCGGACAGGGCCAAUUUGAACAGAAUGCGCUCUCAAGAUACUGAGGACGAGUUACCGGUGCCGGACCAGUUGAUGGUCACUUUCACCGAGCCCGGGCCGCAGGAGAAAGUUACACGACACCAGUUCAGGGGUGAGUAUGACGACAGCUAUGCGGAAGAAUAUGCAGAGAUUGUACGCGCGGCCGAGGCCGAGGCCGAGGCUCUGCGCGCGGAGGAGAUUGUGCAGGAGCAAGGAGAGGUGCAUGAGGGUGCGCUGGAUGUGAGUAUGGCCGAAAUCGAGGCUGGCGAGGAGGCCGAGGUGAGCACGGCGACGAACAGGGUGAGGCAUAGGGAUAGGGAUGAUGACCGGAGCACGCCGCCACCGGUGAACGGAAAUGAGAAUGGGAUCGAGGCUGGAGAUGCUGACGCCGACGAAGAUGAGGAUGCCAUGCGGGAUGAUUGAGCUGGCAGCCACUGAGCAGGACUAUGUGACCAUGAGCAUCAAUGGGCAUUGGCCCGUGGGAGCAAGCAAGACUUGCCGGCUGGCGGUAUCAUUACAAUAGCGUUUUCAGAAUGGUGCCUACAGGUAGCAUGGCAGUGAGAUCUCUUGUGAAUACAUCCCUGAAUUGAUGCGAAUAUAG